AUGGCCCACCUCGCCAGCAUCCAUCCCUGUAUGCAGAGCCUUCGCAAAGAACCUCCUCCGCCCCUCCCCAAAGUAAUCCUCCAAAAUUUCCCUUCUGCCUCAAUCCCACAUUCCACCUCGAAAGCCUCGUCUUCCGCCUUAACUGCCUCCCCCCCCACUUCAAAUCUUCAUCCCUACCCUCGUACAAACUUCCCUCGAUGCGUCGGACAACCCAAACUCUGCCUCGUCACUUCCACGUCCUCCCUCCAUAACGUGUUCGAUGCUGGGUGGGCGCAGGCUGCAGCUGAGGGUGAUCAGUUUCCAAUGGAGAAAUGCCAGGGUUUCUGUGGGACUGAAUGCGUGAAAGGAGGGUGGGAUUCAAAAAGGGACUUCAAACACAACUUCUGCUCCACGCAACACGCACAUUACGAAUCACCGGCUGUUUGUGCUUCUCAAGCCCAAUCUCAGACGGCGGAUGCGAACGAUCAUGUGGAGCAUUUUUGUCAGUUGAACCUUUGCCCCUGUAUCGCGCCGUUCUCCACCAUCUCUGAACACGAUCUGUACUGCCACUACGUCCCGGGCCUCGUCGGCAACCUGAUCACUUUCAUUCUCAACUUCAGCUCAGCAGAGCUUCGGUUCUGGCUUGUACUACGAGGUGUCAGCGCGCUUGCGGAAAAUCAAGGGAUAAUAUUUUGUACCAAGUUGGGCAUGCGUCAAAGAAGCACUGAUAUGGCUACAACCGCGUGGUGUGGGAUGCUCGGGGCUCCAGUCAGGACUCUACUCGCUCCUUCCUCAGCCCAAGUGUGCGGAGAUUUCGAUCUUGCGCCCUUCACGACGCGACAUACCCUUCCCUCACAAAACUUUGCCCUCGGUCCGAAUGGCAGGUGUGAAAGUGGUGGGCGCAUGUAA